AUGAUUACUAAUGUGGAGCAGAAUAAUAACAAGUUUUUCAUCUUGCAAGUCCUGAAAGACGAAAAGAAGGGCACAUAUGCAGUUUGGUUUCGUUGGGGUCGUGUGGGAUACAAGGGACAGCACAAACUCAUACCCUGUGGUACUGAUCUUUCAUCAGCGAAGAAAAUUUUCUGCCAAAAGUGA